GGGGUUUUGUUGUUUGUUUUGCUUUGUUUUUUUAAAGAGAUUAAAAUAUUUCUGGAUAAGGAAAAAAAAAUGACAUUAUUGCUUAUGUGCUCAGUUUGUAUUCUCUCCUGACAUAACAUGAAUUUGUUUUUCUUCUUCUUUUAUUUAUUUAUUUUUUAUUAUUACUAGGGCUCCCUGCUCCAGAUCAAUAUUUUCAUUUAGAAAGCCAGAGAUGGAGAGACACUCCAACACAGAUGACAUCGAGGUCAAGAUCCAAUCCAGUUCAGUCAUGUGGCAAUAGACCCACCCAUCCAAUAGUACCUGCUCGAAGGUGGCGUACAAAGUUCAGCCCAGAGCAACUCUAUAUACUAACGAAAGUGUUUGAGAAAACCAAGUACCCCGAUUUAUCCAAAAUCAUGGUACUGGUGAUAUGGACUAAGCUUACAAAGAAAGUGAUCCAGAAUUGGUUCAGGAACCAGCGAGUAAAAAGGAGGAGGAAACAGCAACAGAAUCUGCUAAGACCCUCAGACCCUAUGCUGAUGAACUCUGAAGUAGAAAUGACAGAGGAAGAGUGUGGUGAUGAUGAUGAGGAGGAGGUGAAGGAGAAGGAGGAAAAGCUGAUGGAGGACAAAAAGAUGGAGGAGAAAGAAGAACUGGUGGAGAAGGAAGGGAUGGAAGAGAAGAAUAAGGCGGAGGAGGGAGAUCUUGAGACUCCAGAGUCAUGUCAGUUGGACUCUGCAGACUUUUGGGACAACCUCCUCCGUGACUCUGAGGAUUUUAUAGCACGGUGUUUCUUAUCUGAUGCUGCUGCUGCUGAGGACUUCAGCUCUUUAUACCAGUAUCUGUUUUCAGAAAACCCUGCUCUCCUAGUGGACACAAAGGGGUGA